AACCAUGGAUUACAACAAAGAUCACUCAAAUUCUGGGCAUGGAAGAUGAUGUUGUGGUAGAAUUUGUGUAUAAUCAACUGGAAGAGAAGUAUAAGUAGAGACCGUUGGUGGGGCUCAACCCUUUUGUCCAAAUGGCAUUCGGAUGUGCUCCUCUCUACAUCCGAUUGGCCGCCUUUCUAUCAGCCGUCAACGCUAGCAUCAGCUGUGGUGGCAGUUGGUAUUUCAACGUCACCUUAGAACCGUCGACAAAUCUUCAGCUUCAGCAGCCGCGGUUGCUACACGUCGACAACGUUACCGUCGUGGCUACUUCCAUCGUACUUCCGGUUCCUGCCAUUCGCGUCCCUCUCCGGAGCUACAUCGCCAGUCCCAGCUGUCGAUGUUGCUGUUGCAGUAUCGACCAUCGUCGCCUGCAGAGAGGACUCAUCACUUUAGUUCCUGCGACUACCUCGCCCGAGGUGGUCUGUCGUCGUGACGUGGAUGACAUCGCAGCUUUCGCCCAAGGAUCAUCACACGAUGACAUCGUCCUGCUUGAUCAUCACUUCCCGAGACGACAACGCGUGUCAAUCAGGGACUUUUGGAAUCAUCGUCACCAUGCCGCGAGUUACAUCACUGGAUUCCCCGCUGGAAUCACAGUCAUCAACAUCUAAAAGCGAGGUCGAGCGUCGUCCUGGCCUGCUACUUGUCGUCAAAGCGCAGUUUACAACGGAAUCGGAUAUUCUUCGGGGUACACAUGUGGUCACGUAGACACGUCGACAUGAUUGAGGCGAAAACGGCGCCCGGAGGUAUCACUGCAGUAAUCACAGUUUGACUCUUUGUCACUGACACAGGUUGGUGAAAAGUUUCCCGACCCGCGAAAAAUGCAGAUUAACCUGACAGGUUUCCUGAACGGCAGAAAUGCCCGUUCUUUCAUGGGCGAAUUAUGGGACCUUUUGGUCUCGGCUCAAGAAAGUGUUACGGGCAUUCCCGAAGCAUUCUUGCAACAAAAAAAGGAUCAGAUUAAAAAGCGUUUGGAAGAACAAGAGAAACUUCAGGCGACGUUGGCAGAAAAAGAGAAAGAAGAGAAGCGCGAAAGGGAAAAGGAUGAGAGCGAGAGUAAAGUGAAAAAAGAAGAUAAAGAUAGCGGCUCUUCGAAAGACCGUAGAAGGGAUCGUAGCAGAGAUCGUGACAGAGACCGGAACAACAGGAGCAGAUCACGCGAUCGACGUAGAGAUCGCGAUCGAUCAAGUCGAAAGAGAAGAUCUACUUCGAGAUCGCCAAGUAAAAGUUCGUCGAAAGAUAACGGGAAAGAUAUGCCUGAAGCCAAGGUCGACCGAGAAGAUUCACCACAACCGGAAAAUGCCAUACCCUUGAUGCCAGUUAAAACUAAACCGGAAGCCGCAGUAGCAAUAUCGAGAUUGCAAGCAAAAUUGAUGAGCAUUGCUGAUGGGAAGAAGAAGAACAAUCGCACGCCCUCACCGGAAUCGCUAGACAAGUCGGUGAAAAAAUCGCGAUCUGAAUCGAAAUCACCAAAUCGUUCCAAGAAAUCUCGAUCCAAAUCGGCCAGUCGAGAUUCAAAAACGCGCCGAUCGCGAUCUCCCGCUUCGAAGUCGAGACGUUCUCGUUCCAAGUCGAGAUCAAGAAGAUCGCGGUCUAAAUCACGAAGAUCAAAGUCGCGCUCGCAGGAUCGUUCGAAAUCCAGACGGUCCAAGUCCAAAUCGAGAUCGCGUUCGCGAUCGCAUUCACGGUCCAAGAAGUCGCGAUCUAAGAGCGACGACAGAAGCAAGUCGAGGAAAUCGAGAUCCGCCUCGAGCGACUCGAGAUCGACCAAGUCCCGUUCGAAGUCACCGGAUAAACGGAAGACCAAUUCCACUGGCGAUUCAAAUAGAAAGCGCGACGGUAGCACGAGUAGCAGCUCGGAAUCUGAAGAAGAUAAAAAUGCCAAGGACAAGAACGAUUUUGAGAUACGGAAGAAGAAAGAUGGUGUACAGGCGAAGAGAUCUUAUCGCAAGACUAACAAAGACGACAGCGGCAGCGACAGCGACUCUAGUCGGGAGAGAAAAUCAGCCCCUAAGAGGAGAAGUCCUUCUCCGCGUAAGGACAGAGGGCGGUCCAAAGAUAGAGAUAGGAAUAGAUCACGAGAUAGAUCACGAGAUCGAUCACGAGACAGAUCGCGAGAUAGAUCACGCGAUAGAUCGCGAGAUAGAAACCGGAGAAGAUCAGUGGAUCGAGAGCGCGACAGGAGACGAGAGCGAGAACGCGAGAGGGAGAGAGAAAGGGAGAGAUUGGAUCGGUACAGCGGCAGCCGCAGCAUGCGACCACCUUCUGUUCGCAGACCGCCUAAUAGGCGCAGUCCUCCUCGCAGGAGUCCGGCAAGAUAUCGUCGUAGAUCGCCGAGCCCCGAUGACAGACGACGCAGGAGAUCGUUGGAUCGUCGACGACGAUCAUCGGAGAGACGCGACAGACGCCGGUCGCCGGAUCAUCGUGGAAGCCGACGUCGCUCGCCGGAUGGACGAGAUCGAUCAAGCAGGUACGAUAGAUCUUCCUCACGCGACAGAUCAAGUAGACGGGAGCGUUCCAGAGAACGACGGAAUAAGGAUCGUCGAUCUAGAUCUAGAGAUCGUAGAUCGAGAUCCUGGGAUCAAAGGUCAUCGGUGGAUCAUUCGAGAGACGGAAAGCGAUCUCCCGAUCGUUCAAAGGAUGCCAAGGACAAGACAAGGGACAGGAAAACGGAUGAGAAAACUAAAAGAGAGUCUGAUACAGGCUCGCGAAAAGAGUUGCGAAACGGCCGGUCUAAGUCGAGUAGCUCGGAACGUAGCAAGAGUAGUUCCUCUAGCAAUAUGGAUGAACCACUUAGGAAAUCGCUCGAACGCAAGACAUCACAGGAGAAGCGAGAAAAAGAACGCGAACACGUGGAGGACGCUAAGAAGAAGGAGAAGGAAAAGGAGAAAAUAAUGAAAGAAGAAACGAUUAAACGGCCGGAGAAGGAGAUAAAGAAGACGGAAUCUGUUGCUGUGAAAAAGCCUGAGCGCAGUGUUUCUCCCAAGAAACUACAAGCUUCAUCGCUACCUAUUACUAGACACAGAUUUUCGAAGAGUCUAUCGCGUACACCGUCGCCUUUCAAGAAAACCGAAGAUAUCGUGGCAGCUAAACUUAAACAAUCGAUCAAAGAGGAUACUUUGGAAACACCAAAGGUUGCGGAGACGAACUUUGUUUCUGUGGACGCUUUCCCUCUUAAGAAGGAUGACAAAGCAGGGAAACCGAUGAAAUUGGUAACGGAAGAGAAAAAGUCUGUCCAGAAACCGUUGGAACCUUCACUGGUGAAGAAACCUAUGGAACUGACGAAGAAAAUCAAGAGAGAGAAGCGUGAUGGUUCCACUGACAGUGAAGAUAGCGAUACAGAAAGUAAAAGAAAAUCAAGAAAGAUGGAAAAGCCAAGAAAGUCUAGAAAAGCGUCAUCGGAUGAAGAUAAAUCUGACAAAAGCAAAGCUGGAUCUAGUUCUGACUCGGAAGAUGACCGAAAGCAUCCAGAUAAAAAUAAAAAAACUAGAGAUACUAGUCGUACCGGUUCUAUAGAUCGCAAUAAAGAUAAAAAGGACAAUAGAAAACGUGAAAUUAUCGAAAGUGAUUCACGAAAACGAUCAAGAAAGGAAAUAGAAGAGGAAUUGAAAAAAUCGAAACGAUUGCGAAGAGAUUCUUCGUCGGGUGAGGACGAACAGAAAUCUAAGAGGGGCAAGAACGACGAUGAUAGAUCAAAAUCUCGAAAAUCGAAGAAAGAUUCGAGUUCUGACGAAGAGCCGAAGAAGAGAAAAAGAAGAGACACUUCGUCCGAUGAGGAAAAAGGUAGGCAACGUAAAGUGAGAAAGGACUCGACAAGUGAGGAUGAAUCCAAGUCAAAAUCAAAAAAACUCAAACGAGACUCUAGCUCGGAGGACGACGAUCCUAAUGAUAAGGAUGCAAAAAAGAAAAGGAAAAACGACGACAGUUCAGACGAUGAAAAAGUGAAGAAGAAGCGUAAGAAGAAAACAAAAACCAGUACCAGCGAAUCGGAGGAAAGUGAGGUAGAAGAGAAAAAGAAAAAGAAAGAGAAGAAACAUAAAAAGCAUAAGAAACACAAGAAGCACAGGAAACACAAGAAGAAGAAAGUUGCGGAUUCGGACGAGUCUGAUGCAAGUGAAGGCAAUACCGAAGAAUUGGAAAAAAAACUUCGUGAAAAAGCGCUGAAAUCUAUGAAAAAAGGACAUAGCAUUGAGAGAAGUGAUUAAGGAUCAAAUUUUCUAAAUGAAGGAAAUUUCUUGCGCAUAUAUAUAUACAUAUAUAUAUAUAUAUGUCUCUAGAAUUGGUCUCUAGUAUUUGUAUCAUGAAUACGAACAUCCAUUAUUUUAUAUUGCUAAUUGGAUUAUUUUUAUGUAUGCAUCACUCAAUCCCUCCCUAACAAGAUCAAAUAACAUUCGUACAGUAUAAAUCUUUUCUUUUUUUUUUUUUUUUCCCACAAAUGUAUCGAAAGCUUACAUUUCACUAAGGACAGAAUUGUGCUUGACAUCUCAGUUUCUUGUAUCUCCAUUGACGGUAUGUAUAAUGUAUUAUUGAAAAGAACGCGCGUUCGCGUUUUGAGCGGCGCUCUCACCGCUUUAACCGUCUAUAUUGCUCAUUAAAUGUAAAACAAAAAUAGUCGCUUAAUCUCUGUGAGCGCCCAAACGCAUCACGUAGUGAUACAAAAAUUGACACUCGUUUAGUCGAAUUUGACAUAUGAAGUUGGAACAGUCUAGCAACAAGAUAACACUUGUUCACUUUUUCAGUUCCUAAUCACACACAUAUUUGAAUUGAAAUUUGACUUUGUGUACAUCGAUUUGUUCACUUUAAUUUGUAUAAAGCUUAGUUAUACAAAAAAACGCACUGCUAGAAAAUAAAUAGUAUACUGAAUGAUGUGUUAUAUAUAUAUGCAUAUAAACUUGUAAAAGGAGAAAAACUUAUAAAAAUAUAUUUCACCGAGAACCUCA